AUGGAAGAAGUAAUAGAAACUUUACCGACUACUUUCUCGAAACCUAAUGAUCAAUUUCAAAACCCUAACGUGCUGGUUACUCAAACCAAAAAGGAGUUGACAACACCACGAGCUUCUAAAACCACUCGUGGUCGACAGAAGAUAGAGAUCAAAGAGAUCAAAGAAGACAGCAAAAGACAUGUAACGUUUUCGAAACGACGCCGUGGGCUGUUCAAGAAAGCCGCUGAGUUAAGCGUUUUGACCGGUGCAAAAAUCGCUGUUGUAACGUUCUCUAAGUGCGGUAGGAUCUACACCUUUGGACACGUGGACUCGCUGAUGGACAAGUAUCUACGCAUGUUACCGGUGAACUUGGAGGUGUACUCAGGUGAUGACUCAGCGGAGGAGGAAGGGAUGCCGUGGUGGGAGAGGCCGGUGGAGAGUGUGCCGGAGGAGGAGUUGGAAGAGUACAUAAUGGCGUUGAGUGUGUUGAGAGAUAAGUUAGGUAAAAGGAUUAAUGAGAUGGGGAGUAUUGUUCCUGCAUGGCCAAUCAACAUGAUGGGUUGGAAACCACAUGAGAUGGAUAUGCAAAGCAUGGGGGAUGUGACUGAUGGGGUUACUCGAUGCCAUCUAGGUCAAAACGGAUGA